CUAUUUGUUGGGAUUGGAUUCCCAUAUGAGGGCCCGGCUCCUCUGGAGGCAAUAGCUCAAGGUGCUAUCUACCUCAAUCCCAGAUUCAGUCUGCCACAUUCACGUGUACAAACUGAAUUCUUCAAAGACAAGCCGACAAAUCGUAGUCUAACGAGUCAAAGUCCAUAUAUCGAAAAGGUGAUUGGAGAACCAUAUUCCUACUUGGUCGAUAUGGACAAUCUUACCCAGGUGGGAGAAGUAUUGCAAAGGAUUCGCAGUCGACCUCAGCUCUUUUUCGUUUGCCUUAUCUAG